CUGUAGGCAUUGGAAGGGACUGGAAUGAUUGAUGGUUUGGGCUGUUUUGUCAAGGGGAGAGGAGAGGAGAAGCAGGGGGGAAAGAAGUCUGUGCAACCCUUCAGCAGCGCAGAGGCAAGGAGCUUGCCUGGCCUGGCCUGACCGCGUGUUUCUUUUCAGUCCUCCUCCUUUCCUUUCCAUUGAUUUGUUUUUUCCCUUUCUCUUUCUCUUUCUCUCUCUCCUUUUUUUUUUUUUAAACUCUUCUUCCAGGGAGAGACUAGUGGUUAAACCUGGAGCUGGAUGGAUGGGUAUGGGGAGAGGGGCAGGAGCCACAGCCCUGGGAUUCUUCCACAUCCUCCCUGUCUUUCUCUGCAUCUUCCCUUCAGCAACGUCUCCGUGCAAGAUCCUGAAGUGUAACUCCGAGUUUUGGGCUGCCACGUCUGGCUCUCACCACCUGGCCACCGAGGAGGCACCCGAGUUCUGCACAGCUCUCCGGGCGUAUGCCCACUGCACCCGCCGCACAGCUCGCACCUGCAGGGGGGACCUGGCCUACCACUCUGCCGUUCAUGGCAUAGACGACCUCAUGGUCCAACACAACUGCUCCAAGGAUGGCCCCACCUCACAGCCCCGUCUCCGGACGCUGCCUCCGGGGGACAGCCAGGAGCGCUCCGACAGCCCGGAGAUCUGCCACUACGAGAAGAGCUUCCACAAGCACUCAGCGCCCCCAAACUACACCCACUGUGGGCUCUUCGGGGACCCCCACAUCAGGACUUUCACAGACAGCUUCCAGACCUGCAAAGUGCAGGGGGCUUGGCCACUCAUAGACAAUAAUUACCUGAAUGUCCAAGUCACCAACACGCCCGUGCUCCCCGGCUCCACAGCCACUGCAACGAGCAAGCUCACCAUCAUCUUCAAGAGCUUCCAGGAAUGUGUGGACCAGAAAGUGUACCAGGCAGAGAUGGAUGAGCUCCCUGCUGCCUUCGUGGAUGGCUCCAAGAACGGCGGCGACAAGCACGGCGCCAACAGCCUGAAGAUCACGGAGAAAGUUUCCGGCCAGCAUAUUGAGAUCCAAGCCAAGUACAUCGGCACCACGAUUGUGGUGAGGCAGGUGGGCCGCUACCUCACCUUUGCCGUGCGCAUGCCCGAGGAGGUCGUGAACGCUGUGGAGGACAGAGACAAUCAGGGCCUUUACCUCUGCCUGCGGGGCUGCCCGCUCAACCAGCAGAUCGACUUCCAGACCUUCCGCUCCUCGCAGGCCACGGAGGGCCGGGCUCGGAGGAAAGGGCCCAGCCUCCCUGCCGCCCCCGAGGCUUUUACGUAUGAAACGGCCACAGCCAAGUGCAGGGAAAAGCUCCCCGUGGAAGACCUGUACUUUCAGUCCUGCGUCUUUGACCUCCUGACCACGGGAGAUGUCAACUUCAUGCUGGCUGCUUAUUACGCCUUUGAGGAUGUGAAGAUGCUUCAUUCCAACAAGGACAAGCUGCAUCUCUACGAAAGGACACAGGACCUGGGUGCAGGCAACCUGGCCCCCUCGGGGCAUCCCCAGGCCCUCCUCGCCCUCUUGAUGGUGCUGGUGUGUUUGAGUCAGUGCUGGUCAGUGUUCCUAUAGGUGUUUGCCCUGUCUCACCUUGGAGGGCAGGGACAGGGGCAGCAGGAGGGGAUGAUGGAUGAGAUGAUUGUGCUGGACAAGGAGAGGU